AUGCAUCUUGUUAGUACUUCCUUAUUUGUCAUCUGCGCUAUUUUCGUGGUUCAGGCUUGUCUACCUCAACAAACAGGACCGAGUGGACCGGAUGGAAAGGAUGGUAUGAAAGGAGAGAAGGGACCACCAGGAGAGCCAGGACCUAGAGGAAUAAUGGGAGAGAUGGGAGAACGAGGACCUCCAGGAAUAAGAGGUCUUCCUGGGAAUCGAGGACCAGUAGGGCCUCAAGGUCCACAAGGCGAGCAAGGAACACAAGGACCACCAGGAGCAGCAGCAAGAAGAUAGAAGCAAUUGACUUAUCGGCGACAAUGAAGC